AUGGCCAGCGCCGUUUCAAAUUUACAUGCGGGAAAUUCUCGCUUUAACGCGGAAGCAGCAGCAUGGGAUUCGCGCCCAUUUGUGCUCGAAGCCUCGCGAGAAGCCUCCAAAGCGAUUCUGGCAAAGCUUGAAGAUAUGCCCAUUGCAUCGGACGGGUUGCAAGUUCUCGAGAUCGGCUGUGGAACUGGAAUUCUCUCCUUCUUGCUCGCGACAGAUUCGCGAAUAUCUCGCAUCGUAGCCGUGGAUGCCGCUGAGGGUAUGAUCGAUGUUUUGAAGGAGAAAUUGCAAAAGUCAGGAGCCCCUCGCAACAUUGUUCCCCUGGCGCUUCUGCUGGAAGAUCCGAACGACUCUGCUUUGCCGGCCGGUCCUGAUGGGGCAACGCAGAGGUUCGAUCUCAUCACCAGCCAUUUAGUCUUGCAUCAUAUUCCAGAGCUACGACCCGUCCUGCGGACCAUGCUUGGAUGCCUGAAACCUGGAGGGCGGGUUAUGCUGACUGACUUUGAGGAUUUGGGAGCCGAAACAAAACGGUUCCAUCCGAUUAGUAAGCUUGACGGAGUUGCCAGGCAUGGUAUCAAUGCUGUUGAGAUGAAAAGACUCAUGGAGGACGUCGGCUUCGCAGAGGUUGAAGUGAAGUCGCACUGGACCAUGGACAAGAAGGUGGAGAGGUUCGAGGGCGAGUUCGGCGAAAAUGGAAAUGCCAAGGACGGUAUGGGCGAGAUGAUGAAGUUCCCAUUCGUGGUCUGCUAUGGUAUCAAGCACGGCCAGGCUUGA